AUGUCGUCCUUCUUGCUAUUCUGCGUCGCUCCAGUCCCUUCAUCGACGAUUGACGCACUCCUGCAGACGCCGCGACACAACUUUUUCUCACUUGUACGCGACUCAACACAGUCGAAUUUCGAUCCUUGGUGCACAUCACCUCCAGUUGCUCCCUUCAACAGCGAUUUCUCAGGUCGAGAUCAGAUACGUACGUUCCUCGCCGAGCAUAUAUCUGUGCCUCCGAAAGGAAGCGAUCUGGAAUCACGCCAAUAUGCUAUUCUCGACGAACGCAGUGCCACUGAUCGGACGGUCAUCCUUGGCCACUCGUAUUCGAGUUUACUCAUGCGUGAUCUAGAAACCAUGACUGAAGAUGAGGCAGACCAAUGGCAAAUCGAAUGUGAUGAAUACGAAGGCGAGGAAGAUGAUUCCCGGCGGGAGUGGCGUGUCAAAUUUGAAGACGCAGAUGCUCUAUCAACCAUCCUAUGUUUCGAGGGAGAUUUUACGCCCAAAGUGUACAACGAUGAAUUCAUAGCGAUAUAUACUGAUGCAGAGGGUGUGUUCCAGCUCGAGCCUGCGUACAGGGCAUAUGCUGGUGCGGCGCUGCCGAACUGA